AUGAACGAAGCAGUGAGGAUGCCAGCAGCUGCCCCUUUAACGUUGGUUUCGCUGCAUUAACGCUGAUCCUCCGUAUCCCGCUGCUCCAGAUCAGCGCAGGUGGCAAGAUCCGAGUAAAGUUUAUUUUUCAGGGACUUUAGAUCCGAGUGGCUGCGCAGCGGCCUCAUUUAAUCAGAUCUUUCUUAAACGGCACCCCUGUGGGCCGCAUGUAAAAGUGACGACGAGGAUCCGGGAGAUCGCGACGACAACGGUACAGCAAUGACGAGCCCAGCCGAGGUGGCAUCGGAGGAGCGCCUGUCGACUCCUAAUCGAAGCCCACCACGUCGCCCACCCGUCACACAGCUAGAAUUCAGACAGGCAAUGCGCGACUUCCGGAGCAUGUUUCCCGAGAUGGAGGCUGUGGUGAUUGAGGCAGUGCUUCGUGCCAAUGGCGGGGCCGUGGAUGCCAGCAUCGACCAACUACUCGCCAUGGCCACCGACAAUGACAACGAGCGUCUGCGCACAGAACUGGAGGCCACCGAGAAUGCCGAGGCUCCCCCACAUUACUCACCUCCUCCGGCUGCACCCACACCUCCCCCUUCCUACCAGCAGGCCACGUCCACACCCACAGCCAAUCAAGGCGCCCAGGAGGAAGCGCGUGCCUGGAAACCGCCCCUGCUUGGCCCUCUGCCGCCAGGGUUUCUGCGCAUUAGCCGUCCACACCACCGACCCAGCUGCAGUCCCCCCCAGUCACAGGCCACGGGAGAGCUCAGCACGGCCAUGCUGCAGCAGCGCAUGGCUGAGAAUGUGAGGCAACAGCGCCGCCUCUCCUCGGGUGCAGCUGAGGCUGAAGCGCAGCUUCUGGAAGAUGAGCGCAUGGCCAUUCUGCUGCAGAACCAGGAGUUUAUGCGACAGCUGCAGAGCAACCGAGACUUCAUACGCACGCUCAACCAAGACAUCCUGAGUCAGGAGAUGGAGCACAGUGCUGGAUUGGUCCCUGACGAUGGGCGACCUGCUGAUGCCAGUGAAGACGAACCUUGGGGAAACCUUCCACACACUGAGGAGACGGACGCAGCCUUUCGGGAGCGGCUGAAGAACAUGGGCAAAGCAUCAAGACGGAAGUUUGCUCAACUGGCUCGAUUGUUUCAUCGGACAAAGAAAUGCCACUUUCGACAGAUGCUGGGCGAUGCAGCCAAUCCAUCACGUGACAAUUUGCUGCUACAGGAGGACCCUGGCUCAUCAGAAGAGGACACUGAAGCACGACUCCAACAAGAGCAGCACAUACAGGUGCAGCCUACCAAGGGCUGUUCUGGCACCUCUUCGGUGAGUAGAGACAGCCGGUGACCGUCUCUGCGGAAGUUCUCCGGUGAUUCCCCACUUUGCCCCUUCAAGUAUGGCUUGCGCCAGCAUCUCCCGUCUGCAGCAGCUCUGCGCAUUCCAUUCCGCAAGUUAAUACCAUGCAAAGAAGCGAUGUUGGUUAGCGAAGUCAAGAGUACGCUGGUGGAUAAAGAAAAUGCUCUUCUAC